GUGUAAUGGCAUGUGUGUGAGAGAGGCCAUGUGUGUGAUCAUGUGUAAUAGCGUCUGAAAGAAGCCAUGUGUGUGACCAUGUGCAAUAACGUGUGAGAGAAACCAUGUUUGUGACUAUGUGUAAUACCGUCUGAGAUAACCAUGUGUGUGAUCACGUGUAAUAACGUGUGUGAGAGGGAGAGAAGCCGUGUGUGAUCACGUGUAAUUGUGUAUGUGUGUGUGUGAGAGAGAGAGAAAGAAAGAGAGGGAACAGUACAAAGGAGGAUCCCUUUAGAAAAAUAUUCCAACGUCUUAAGGAGCCAGAGGGCUCAUUCACAGCUGCUAAUCUCUGUCAUGCUUUCCAGCACCACCCCCUCCCUCUCAUCAUAACUUGUGAUCUUAGAGGCAGGAAAGAAUCUGAGCCCCUCCCCCAGCCUGACCAUCUCUGUUGGUUGCUCGGCCAGGCUCCGCAAACCCAGUUUGAAGCACAGACCCUAGCACCACACAGGAGUUGGUGGGCUCGCAGGAAGGUUCCUCUCCCAGUGGCCAUGGGUGGCAACAGUGGGCAGGCUGGUGGCCACAUCUAUAAAUCUCUGGCUGAUGAUGGCCCCUUUGACUCUGUGGAGCCACCUAAAAGACCCACCAGUAGACUCAUUAUGCACAGCAUGGUCAUGUUCGGACGAGAGUUCUGCUACGCAGUGGAGGCAGCGUAUGUGACCCCAGUCCUGCUCAGCGUGGGUCUGCCCAACAGUCUGUACAGCAUUGUGUGGUUCCUCAGCCCCAUCCUGGGAUUCCUGCUGCAGCCGGUGGUCGGAUCGGCCAGCGACCACUGCCGGUCCAGGUGGGGCCGCCGGAGACCCUACAUCCUCACCCUGGGAGUCAUGAUGCUCGUGGGCAUGACUCUGUACCUCAAUGGGGACACUGUUGUAGCAGCUUUGAUUGCUAACCCAAGGAGGAAGCUGGUUUGGGCCGUAAGUGUCACCAUGAUAGGUGUGGUUCUCUUUGAUUUUGCUGCUGACUUCAUUGAUGGGCCCAUCAAAGCCUACUUAUUUGAUGUCUGCUCCCAUCAGGACAAGGAGAAGGGUCUCCACUACCAUGCCCUCUUCACAGGUUUCGGAGGUGCCCUGGGUUACCUUUCGGGUGCUAUAGACUGGGCCCAUCUGGAACUGGGAAGACUGCUGGGUACAGAAUUCCAGGUCAUGUUCUUCUUCUCUGCAUUGGUGCUCACUUUGUGUUUUAUUGUUCAUCUGUGCAGUAUCUCUGAAGCCCCACUUACAGAUGUUGCAAAGGGCAUUCCCCCACAGCAAACCCCUCAGGACCCUCCAUUGUCAUCAGAUGGAAUGUACGAGUAUGGUUCUAUCGAGAAAGUUAAAAAUGGUUAUGUAAAUCCAGAGCUGGCAAUGCAGGGAGCAAAAAACAAAAAUCAUGCUGAACAGACUUGCAGGGAAAUGACAUUAAAGUCACUGCUGAGAGCACUGGUGAGCAUGCCUUCUCACUACCGCUACCUUUGCAUCAGCCACCUCAUUGGAUGGACGGCCUUCCUGUCCAACAUGCUCUUCUUCACAGAUUUCAUGGGGCAGAUUGUGUAUGGUGGGGAUCCCUAUAGUGCACACAACUCCACAGAGUUUCUCAUCUACGAAAGAGGAGUCGAGGUUGGAUGUUGGGGCUUGUGCAUCAACUCCGUGUUUUCCUCACUUUAUUCUUACUUUCAGAAAUUUUUGGUAUCUUACAUUGGAUUAAAGGGUCUUUACUUCACGGGAUAUUUGCUGUUUGGCCUGGGGACAGGAUUUAUUGGGCUCUUCCCCAAUGUCUACUCCACGCUGGCCCUGUGCAGCCUGUUUGGUGUGAUGUCCAGCACCCUGUACACCGUGCCCUUUAACCUCAUUACUGAGUACCACCGCGAGGAAGAAAAGGAGAGGCAGCAGGCUCCAGGAGGGGAUCCAGACAACAGCGUGAGAGGGAAGGGCAUGGACUGCGCCACCCUCACCUGCAUGGUGCAGCUGGCUCAGAUCCUAGUCGGAGGUGGCCUGGGCUUUCUGGUCAACACAGCCGGGAGCGUCGUCAUUGUGGUGAUCACAGCAUCUGCGGUGGCACUGAUAGGCUGUUGCUUUGUGGCUCUCUUUGUUAGAUACGUGAAUUAGGUCAAUAAAGAGACAAUGACCCUAACCUCAGACACAGAGAAGCACAUGGCAGGAAGUUAACAUUUUCUGCAGCUCUGAAUCUUAGGGUCUGCCCAUUGGACGCCCAGUAUUGUGAUUUCAGCCAUAGAAUCUGCCCACCUCUCACUUUAAACCAAUCCUCUGCACAACAGUCCCCAUAUUUCAGGCAAUGUUUGUCUGGACUAUGCCUCCAUGCAUUGGCGGCAGGGGUAAGUGUGGGUGGUAGCGCCUAUACAUGCCUUUCUCAUUGCCUCUCAGUGCAGGGGUAGGGGAGAGGCAGGAGCUGCUUUUCACAGGGCAUUGCAGGUCUUUCUGAGACCUAAGAAGCAGACAAAUUCCACAUAUGAUGCUUGGAUGUGUUCUAUGAAGUGAUUUGAUUUUUUUUUUAGCCGAGGGUCCAUAUAUAUUGGGGAGUCAUAUAUUUCAUCAAAUUCACAGAUAUUCAAAAUACUGCUAGUGAUUUAUUCUCUGAUAUUAAUUUAUUCAUAUUUAAUUUGAUCAUAAUUAAUUCCUAUUACUUUAUGAUACCCCUGACAAGUCCACUCAAACAUCCAUGCUGGAGGAUUCAUCACUUUAAAGUAGUUCAUUUCAUUGACACAGUAAAAAUAUUUCUCUCUAGUCUGCACCUUUGUUUUGUCCUCUGGAUUUGAUAUAAAAGUCUUUCAAAAAACAGCCCCCUGUUUCUCCUAUGAUCUUCUCUUCUCCAAGCUAAGCAGUUUUUCUCUAAUCAUACCCCUUCCACUGCUUUCCCCAUGAUGAGGUUUUCAGCAGCCUGGAGAGGCAGCAUGGUUUAAUAAAAAUCAUGUUUUGGAAUCAGCUGGUUUUGAAUCCUGGCUUUGCCACUCAGCAGCAAACUAUGUCAUCUCCCCAAGGCACACUUGCUCAUCUAUACAUUUGGGAUAAGAAUUGCUAUCUCUGAGAGUUGUGAUGAUUAAUAAUACAUAACAUUGGUUCAGGCAUGGUGGCUCAUACCUGUAAUCCCAGCACUUUAGGAGAUCGAGGCAGGGGGAUCCCUUGAGGCCAGGAGUUUG